AUGAGUUCGUUUAUUGUUCUAUCCGUUAUUAUCUUGUCACUUGUUCAGGUCGCUUCCGCCGACAAUCGACCUGUUAUUAUCGGGUAUAGCGUCGGAGGUGUUGUAGCAUCAAUUAUUCUCAUUCUUGAUCUGAUUGCGAUUUUCGAACUUUUACAAUCGAGCGGACGCGGUGUGUGUUCUAAACUUAUCUGGAUCUUGAUUAUCUUCUUCUUUCCCAUCGGAGGUCUCAUUCUCUACUGUUGCUGUGCCCGCCAUCGUACUGUCGAUCAAGUCAUUGUGUAA